UUGUCCGGAAGUAUGGCGGAAGGUGGAGACGAAAAUGAAGACAACCCGUUUUCUUUUAAGAAAUUUGUUGUCCCAAAAGAAGCAGAACAAAAUAAAGCAGCAGAAGACAUUACUCCAACACAUAAUGGACAGGUCCUCGACAUUUUGCCUGACAUCGGCGAUUCGUCAAACAAAAACCGGCGCAAAGACCGCUCAACCUUGGUUAUAUCUGAUGAUGAAAAACCAGUAAAUACUAGUAGCAGUAAUCAGAGACCUAAAAAGAAGAAAAAUGGAGAUGCAAACCCAUUUUCAUUCAAGAAGUUUUUAUCUGGAAGCUCGUCAAGUGCAGGAGCGCGACCAAAAACAUAUAAUAAUACUCAAAAUAUUGGCAAUAGCAGUCCUCGUGUAGCUCCAGACUUUGCAAGUGAUUUGCCUGAUUUUGUUCAGAACCAUUUUAGUGAUCAUUCUCAUGACUUAAAUCUUCCCGACUUUGCCAUUUCUAGUCAGCCAAGUAACAACACAGGGUUAAACUCACAUAAUAAUGAAGAUUCUGGUGAUAAUAUAUAUAGUGCUGACAGUGACAAUCAUGUGAACUCUGACCCUGAGCCAGUUGCUAUGGUAUCAGGAGGCACCACAAGGUUGCCAGAUUUUUUAUCGGAUGGAAUAUUAAAAAAUGACUGUGAUCAUAGUGACAAUAGAAUUUCUACUUUAGAAGUAAAUGGGGACUAUGAACUAGAACUUAGAAGGUUACGAGAAGAAAAUUCCAUGUUACGCACACAGUUGGAAGAAGCCAGAAGAGAAGCUGUUACAGAGUCACAAAGAUGCCAUAAGAUGAAGAAGGAUAUGGAAGACUUACAGAAGAAAGAAGCAGAAGAGAAUACUGCUUUAGAGAAUAUGGUUCAACAGAUAGAGGCUAAUCUAACUAUUACAACAAAAAGAGCAGUUCAAGCAGAAACUACAGUCAGCAAACUACAAUCUGAUGUUAAAGGUUUACAGAAACAAGUGACAUCAUUGAGAUCAGAGAAUGAUUUACUGCGAUCAGGGGACCAUGGUUUGGCUGAGAUCAGAGAGAGGACAAAAUAUUCAUCAGAACAAUUAGCCAGUGCAGCUAACACUGCUGAACAAAGUUUAAAACAACUUUUACAAGGAGUUGAUCAAAUGAAGAUCUUAGCACAAGUCUUAUCUUCCAUAGAUAAAAUAUCUGAGGAACCAGUAGAGGACCAGCAUAUAGAUGGACAAAAUUCUAAAAAUAAACAUAAACAGAACAAAAAAACUGACAAAGAUGUCACAUGACAUGGGGUGAUAUUUUCAUUGGUGAUGUAAAAGGAGACUCAGUCUCAAUUUCAUAAUCAGCCUCGCUUUCAUUUUGAUUUUCAGUUUCAGAUUUAUUUAUUUAUUGAUACAAUUGUUAAAACAAUUGAAACUUAAAUAAUGGAUAUGAGAUUUAAUCAUUUAAGACUGGAUCAAGAUGUAUGAGAAAAUCCAAAACUACAAUUGUAAAAUGAUGAAAUUCAUUCAAAUCAUUUUAAACUCAUCUUGUGUCCAUCAUGCACUUCAUGUGUUCAAAGGAAUAUUUUGAUCAUUAUAUCAUCAUUGAUAAAAUAUCAGCUGCUCCAUCUGUAAUCAAAGCUUUUUUAUUAUUGUUAUUAUCAAAGGAGACGGAGUUGUUUUUUAUUGACUUAUAUUAUUUUAUUUAAGUUUUGAGCGCACAUCCAAUUUUGUUUUUAUCACCUAGCAGGGAAGGCUUAAAUACUGGUUGAUUUAUCAUUUAUUGAAGCUUAUUAAAAUGUAGAUCAUCUUGCAAUAUUUUCCAUAAGUACACAUUUCAUUGUCAGUGUCUGUCAUUAUUGCUAUGCCAUUGUAAGAAGAAGGAAUCAGCUGUCAGCCUUCGGUAUUAUUUUCUUAUGUGGAAAUUAAUCAUUGGACCUGCUAUGAUAUUGUUUUUGCCAUUUACUUAAUGUGUCCAACCCAGCUAAGUAUCAAAGUUGGUGAAUAGCAAUGGUCUAUAUUUUGACCAUGUGUAACUAUUAAAAAUUUAUGAUGAUUACAUUAAAAAAACUGUUAUAAACAUGAAAGAUAUACAGUAAUAAACUAUUUACACUUUAGACAAAAUGUAAAAAGAAUUGUCAUGCAGGAUGCUGAUUAUUGUUCUAUAAUAAUAAAUAUAUGGACACUGAAUGAAAGU